CUAACCGUACAUACGUUACAAAGACUGAAUUUCAAUGUUAAACAGUUAACAACGAUAUAAUAUAUCAAAUGGCUUCCAAUAAGAAGAGUUCAAUUUAUAGGGGAUCAGACUCUCCCUUUGACUUUUCUUGUUUCACGUGUCAGGAAAACGACAGAAACACACAGGCUGAAUAUUACUGUGAGGAUUGUUCUCAAUUGUACUGUUGCACAUGUGUUAAGUAUCAUAACUAUCUUUACAAGAAGCAUACAAUGUUGGACAAGAAAAACAUCCGCAAAUGGCCCGAAUCUAAUGUUGGAGAUCUAGAGCAAUGUAAGGAGCACAAGAAGGAAAAACUGAGCAUAUUCUGUGAGGACCACAGUCAGCUGAUAUGUCAUGUCUGCCAUGUCCACGAUCAAAUGAUAUGCAAAGUUGCACUUAUAGCUGACAAAGUGAAAGACCUCGAUCAAAACGGUGACUUUAAGCAGUUGUCAGGAACGGUUGAUACACAAUAGCAGAAGUUGGUACAGAAAAAAGAUGACUUUGCGAAAAAUAUGAAGUCGCUUGAGAAAUCUUAUACGGACAUUCUGAAACAAAUUAGUUCUUGCCGAAACAGAAUUAAUGAUGCUUUAGAUCAACUGGAGAUGAAAACUAAGUAUUCAUUGGACACAUUGAUGGCCUCCAUGAGAACAUCUAUUCAAACUGACAUCGAAAACUGCACUAUGUCUAUCGAAAAUAUGACACGCUUAAAAGAACAUGUUUUCGGAAGAAAGGACAAAAGUGAAGCAGUACGUUUUAUCAAGUCCAGAAAAUGCCGCGACCAGUCCCUCAAGAUAGAAGCAUUUUUAAAAGACAUGAUAACAAAGAAUGAGAUGGCACUAACCUUUAAUCUUGACACAUCCAUCCUAGAAUUCCUGUCCACCCUCUCAGGGUUAGGACAAAUACUCAGCAAAGGUAAACAAUCACAAACAGCUGAGAUUACAACACUGAAAGAAUUAGCUAAACAAGAAAAGCCUACAGCUUGCAACACAGCAUUUAGCCUACAACGCCAACCAAGUGAUGUUAACAAAUCAUCAGUGAUAUAUGAUGCAAAGCAAGUAAUCAGCGUAAAGAGUAGUAAGACGUAUAGAGUGAAAGCGAAGAAUGAUAAUACAAAAUGCGUAAUAUCAGGUAUCUGUGAGACAGUUUCCGGGGAAUUGCUCAUCGCUGACUGGAUGAACAAUAAUGUGAUGCUUCUGGAUCAGACCUAUGAGGUGGUGGGCCACUGUGACUUGCCUGAUGGACCACGGUCCAUGUGCAGUAUUGACUCCAGUUUGGUGGCUGUUACUGUGUACAGCACUGAGGUCCAUUUCAUCAAAGUGACCAAUGGUCUGUUGAUAAAGGACAGGAUACUGAAGUUCACACAUGUGUGCUUGUGUAUUGCCCCUCACCACCGUAACCUGUACAUUACAGAUGGUAGAGCAUUGUAUCGCUAUACUGUGGAUGGUAGACUGUCGAGCAAGAUGUAUGAACAUACAUCAGGUGGAGUCACCACCUGCGCAGUGAGUCCAAAUGAAGACAGGAUAUAUGUGGCGAACAAAGCAACAACAGAGCUGGUUACACUGUCGCGGGAUGGAAAAGUUCUUAAAACGCUCGCCUGCCCUAGAAUGAAGUGGGAGGAAACCCUGUACUUACCUGGUCUCCAUGUGACAGACUCAGGACAGGUUCUGGUAUGUGGAAUGAAGUCUAACAGAAUCCUCCAGGUAGACAAAGAUGGGAGACAGAGACUAGCCGAGGUUGUAAGUGAUGGUAUGAUUUACCCAACAUCUGUCUACUACAGUAAGCUUACAGACUCACUCAUUGUGGGAAUGAAGAAUAAUAAUUACAUUAAAGUGUUUACGUUACAGCCACUGUCGGAAAAGAACGAUGAGGUAUCCGGACGUGUGUUCUUAAAGACAAUUUAACAACAUUGUAUACGCAAUCACAAGUAAUCUCCUCAUAAUUUGUUGCUAAUUUAAAAUAUUAUUAAGACCUUUCUUCGCCUACAGUAUUUGCCAAAAAAUCUGCUUUAAAUUGAGCUUGUAAUAUAAAUAACAUAUUAUUUUCACAAUUUUAUUAAUCAUAUGUUGGGCACUAGGGUGUGCUGUUGAUAAUCAUUGUUAAAAUGUAUAACUUGCAGCUAUGUUCAACAUGUGGAUUUACAUUGUUUUUUAUAUGUGACUAAAUGUUCAUAUACAGGGUACAAAAUUGGCACAAAUGGAUACUUUAAGUUUUCAAAGGGUUUGAAAUGAAAAAUACCGGACCAAGUCAGUGUCAGUGCCAGUGCCAUGUUUACUUCAAUUGUGUCAGUUUCAUUUGUAUACAAACAGUUUCUCAAUCUGAUAGUUAAAGCAUG